UUCCAAGGGUCAAACAAGUGAGAAGCUGACGCAGGACUAAAAACCUUUUACUCUUAACAUUUGACCUUCUAAACUCGGGAAUGGAGGGACGGCUGAUUCUGCUGGUCUUGAUGGCGUUUGUGACGCCAGGAAUGGCACAGGGGAACAACACCUGGUCAGGGUGCGGAGCCUCUCACCUGUGUGUGACAUCACCUUCUGGCUGUAGUCCUCAAAACCAGACCUGCCUGUUUGCAUCUGUGGCCAAUGUCUCCAUGGACAAUACCACCACCCUGUCCUUCACACUCAGUGGAACUUCAUCAGGAUCCAUCACACUGCAGCUCAGUGAGCCAUCAAUGAAUAGCGUCGCGAAUUUCACCUGUGGCCACAACACCUCGAAUAACAACACAGUCUCUUUCACCUCCACUUUAACCAAAAUGAUAAUGAUAAAUUACCAAGGCUCUGUGACUGGUGAUUUCAUCAAUUGCACGUUCAACUUCACAUUUGCUAACAUUUCCUCCAUAUUCAACACAAGUGACUUGGAUCUGUUUAACGCUUCUGUGAGUAGUUCUCCUCUAAGCCCCACCACCCCACCCACCGCCGCCAACCCCACCGUCAACGGCACAGUCGCCGCCAACCCCACCGUCAACGGCACAGUCGCCACCAACCCCACCGUCAACGGCACAGUCGCCACCAACCCCACCGUCAACGGCACAGUCGCCGCCAACCCCACCGUCAACGGCACAGUCGCCACCAACCCCACCGUCAACGGCACAGUCGCCACCAACCCCACCGUCAACGGCACAGUCGCCACCAACACCACCGUCAACGGCACAGUCGCCACCAACACCACCACCACCACAACACUGGUGCCAACAACCAAGAAACCAACCGGAGCCAGUGUUGCUCUUCAUCCUUAUGCUUUUCUUCUUCUCCUGAGCCUCGUCUCUCUGUGCAUCCUGCAGAAGGUCUGACACGUUUCACACUGCACUGAAAGAUGUAGAGAUUGGUUUUCUGUAUUUUAAACAUAUUUAAAAUGUUGCUAUAAAUAAAUGUGUAUAUGAAAAUUAACAUUGAGCGGAUGCUCCGAGCAGCUAAGAUUAAAUUCUGCAACAUGACUUACUGUAAAUGACUAAAUGAGGUAAAUGUCAAAUGCACAGUAAUGGACAAUUUGAGAUUUGGGUUUUAGUUAAUAAAAUAAAAAUAUAUAUUCUUACUGCAAAUGUGCUAUAGGAGCAAGUGAAGCUGCCAAAAAAUAAAGUGAUAAUAAAACCUG